UCGCAUGUUGCGCUCGCGUCAUGAUUGGCCAGGAAGUCAGGUAACAGUCUCGCCGACUGUCCGCUGCUCUUGUCAGUGUCAUAUAUAAAUGUUACGCUCUACCGGGCGGGACUCUUGACAGCCUCGGUUCAUCACCUAUAAUCGUAACUUCACACAGUCCUGUCACGAUGCCUGGACCAGCCCCAACUAGCUGUUUAGGACCAUGGCCCAAAGAUGUGGGUAUCAUUGCAAUGGAACUGUACUUCCCAUCCCAAUAUGUGGACCAAGCAGAGCUGGAGCAGUAUGAUGGCGUACCAGCUGGUAAAUACACCAUAGGCCUGGGCCAAGCCCAAAUGGGUUUCUGCUCAGACCGCGAAGACAUCAAUUCCCUUUGCCUGACUGUGGUCCAGAGGCUAAUGGAGAGAAACAACCUGUCCUACGACAGCGUUGGACGACUGGAGGUCGGCACCGAGACCAUCAUUGACAAGUCGAAGUCUGUCAAGACGGUUAUAAUGCAACUGUUUGAGGACUCGGGCAACACAGACGUGGAGGGCAUAGACACUACAAAUGCCUGUUAUGGAGGCACAGCAGCGCUCUUCAAUGCUGUCAACUGGGUGGAGUCCAGCUCCUGGGACGGUCGCUAUGCGUUGGUGGUGGCAGGUGACAUCGCAGUCUACGCCACAGGAAGUGCACGGCCCACGGGUGGCGCCGGUGCAGUGGCCAUGCUGGUUGGUCCAAAUGCUCCUCUGGCGUUUGAAAGAGGUCUUAGAGGAACACACAUGCAGCAUGCGUACGACUUCUACAAGCCUGAUCUGAUGUCCGAGUAUCCUGUGGUGGACGGGAAGCUGUCGAUAGAGUGUUACCUGAGUGCACUGGACCGCUGCUACUCCGUCUACCGCAACAAGAUUCAUGCGCAGUGGCAGAGAGAGGGCUCUGAGAACCGCUUCAGCCUGGAGGACUUUGGUUUCCUGGUCUUCCACUCACCGUACUGCAAACUGGUGCAGAAGUCUUUGGCCAGACUGAUGCUGAACGACUUCCUGAGCCACCCACGACCCGACACGGAGACCGGACCAUUCACGGGUCUGGAAGCGUUCAGAGAUGUCCGUCCAGAAGACACCUACUUUGACCGGGACGUGGAGAAGGCCUUCAUGAAGGCCAGCGCAGAUCUGUUUGAGAGGAAGACCAAGCCCUCACUGCUCAUCUCCAACCAGAAUGGAAACAUGUACACGCCCUCCGUCUAUGGCUGCCUGGCGUCCGUCCUCGCACAACGAACAGCGCCACAGCUGGCAGGACAGAGAAUAGGAGUUUUCUCCUACGGCUCAGGUUUCGCCGCAACUCUGUAUUCUCUGAGAGUGACUCAGGACCACACCCCUGGAUCAAGUCUGGACAAACUGGUGUCCAGUAUCAGCGACCUGGAACUUCGACUGAACUCGAGGAGGAAGGUUUCCCCCGAUGUUUUCUCGGAGAACAUGAAGCUGAGAGAAGAGACGCAUCACUUGGCAAGCUACAUCCCACGUGGCUCAGUGGACGAUCUCUUCCCUGGGACGUGGUACUUGAUGCGCGUGGACGACAAACAUCGCAGGGAAUAUGCUCGCCAACCCCUGGACGAAGACCUGCCAACGGAGUCCGAACUCAACCACAUGAACUCCAGCACGACAAAGACGGUGGAGCACAUCCCCAGUCCUGUCAAGAAGAUGCCUCGUAUCCCCGUGGCCACAGAAAGUCCAAAAAACGGCAUCAGCAACUGAGAGCAGAUUUACCUCCGUGAGGUACCGGAACCCGAGGACUAGACUCCUGCUCCUGGGUUCUGUUCGUCCCUGUCUAGUGCAUCAUCAUCAUCAUCAUCAUCCUCCUCCUCCUCAUCAUCAUGGUUUUAUUUCAGACAUUUUACCUUAGAGUAUGUUUCCAAGGUGGUUGUGUGUCUGCGUGUGUGUGUGUGUGUGUGUGUGUGUGCAUGCAUAUGGACGGGGCACCGGACUUCCUUUAUACUGGCAGCCGGCCUCCAGUGACAGGAAGAGGAAGUUAGCGCAGACCUGUGCCUCCUGCUGGUGAAAACAGUGGUGGCCAAGGUAACUUGAAUGAUAAGGAUAGUCACUUUCUUACUUGCUGAGUCAUGGUCCCCUCAUUACCUGUGUGUAGUCAACAGGGGGUGCUGUUCUGCCACCUUGAUGUCACCACAUUCUAAUCAUUAAUAUUUGACUGAUCUAGAUGGAUAGACAGAUAGAUGUACUUUAUUGAUCCCAGGCUGGGCAAUUACAGCAGGGCUGUACACAUGAGUACUUCCACUUGUGUACUUGCUAAUACUGAGAACCAUUAUGAUACUUCUCAAGAUUGGGUUUCAAAAAAAUAUGCAAUGCACCAGUGCAUUCCUACCGCAGCUAGUUUUAUUUUCUACUCAACCACAGAAGAUUAUUUCAAAAUAAAUAAAGGAAAUAGUUAUUUUAUUGACAUAUUACCUGAUGUUUUCACAUAGGACUGUAUAUCAAGGCAUUAAAAGAUGCAAUAAUAUAAAAAAAAUAAAGAUAAAGUAAACUUGCUGCAUAUGUAAAACAAUCAGCUGAACAGAAAGUGAGCAGAGCUUUUACACUAAUAGAAUAGAAAGUCUGUCCGCCGCGGUGUUAAACUGAGAAGACUGAGGCUCGUCGUCGGAUGUUUUAUCAAACUGUUCGUGUCGUAACGGAACAAAUCUUACUGUAAGUCUGCCUGACGACAGUGAGACGCUGAACUGAAGUAGAAAAUACUCAUAGCUAGCUGACUGGUGAGCAGCCACGGUUGUGAUUUGAAUGAAGUAUCGGUUCCUAAUUCAGUGGUCAUCUAGUUACCUCACAUUAAAACCACUUUACUAAGAAAGAAAAAGUCAGAUGUCCAGGCUUUGACUGAUCCGCCUGUGUGUUGUUACAUGUACCGUGGGAAACCUCUGUCCUCUGCCUCUUACUCGUGUGCUUGAUUUUAAUUUCAAUAUUUUAUCAUUCAUUCUUGAGUGUCUGAAAUUUCACGCUACCCAGUGGAGCGGUUCGGAAAACCCCGUAAUCCUGAGCGUCUUCACCAAUCCAAGCUGCACCCUUUUCUGUGACGAGUCGAGUCUAUUACCUGAUCUGAACAUGGUGAUAACUAAACUCUGUUGAAGAAUUGGACAAAAAAAACAACAACAUUUAGCACAUUCCCUAUAAAGUACAUAUUUAAUUAUGUAUUUCAGAUUGUAAUUUGGGACUAAAACCUUAUAGAUAUUUGAACCGUUUUCGUUGAUCAUGUGAUCACCACCCAGUUUGUCACUGACUGGAGAAAUAAAGGCAAUUGAAUUGUCUGGAGGUGCGGCGUUUGGACAGGAAGUGAAGGAAAAAUAAUGACUUUCCAUUCAUAUAUAAUUGGGUUAAAAGUGCUCACGAUAUCGACAGGUGAAAUAGUACGUGCUAAGCUAGGUGUGAAUGAACACUUUACUCGUAUUUAGUAAGUAGUUUACCUGUUGAAACUUUCACUGUGAAGCCUUAAAAGUCAAAGGGCUUUUUAAUGAGAUUCAGUUUGACCUCACAACGUCACAAAGUUUGGCUCCUAUUUUUUUUUUUUUUUUGAUUGUCUAAUCUUUGUUUUCUUUAUCAGUUGUCACAACAACAAAAAAAGUCAAAUCGUUGAAAUGCAGCCAUACGGUUGGCUGCAGCUAGAACAUCACUGACGUCUUCCUCUUCCUGUUGUUGGGCGUGGCCUAAAGAGGCGGAGCAGUGCACCCUUACAGCCUUACAACAAAACUUGUACGAUGGUCGUUUGUAUGAUUGUUGUUAGACAAUAAUGUACAGACUUAAUUUUGUUUUUUAAUUGUACAGUCUCACACUUGGUUAUGUCCGAUGUAACAGAGGUCACAUGAUCUCAACCCCAUGCUGGCAAAUGUACAGUAACAAAACUACGGUUGUUAAAAAUGUAUAGCUGUAAAGGGAUUAUAUCAUCAGACUUGUGUUGUGCAGAAGACUGAGAAUAAAUGGAGUGUCAACAUCGA